AUGGGUUUGCUCUGCUUGCUCUUCUUUCCCCCGUCAUAUUUCGCUCCUGCCAUCUGUACCGGGUCCUCUGAUUUUACUAAUCCUAUCCCUUCGCCGGACCCCUUCCUGCUUAAUCCAGAGUCUGUCUUAAGACUCGCUCGUGAUUACCGGGCGUCCUAUCGUAUUCCUAUAAGAAUUCCUCGUUCUGCCCGUUUUUCCGCGGCGAAGGCUCUGUCUGCUUUGAUCGAGUCAGUCAUUUGUGUUCAGUCCAUUCCGAAUUGGAACCGUUUGUUUUGCUUCGCCAUAUUUGCCCUGGGCUCCCCAGUUCAAGGCUUGGGCUCGGUAAAAUCCCUUUCCUCUUCCAUCAAGGAAAAUAUUAAUAAGUUCAUGGAGGAUUCCUUCAUUCUGCCUCCUCUUCUGGGCAAGUCCCAUGAACCAACUACUCUUAAAGAUAAUCGUAUUCGUUUACGCAAACGUGUCAAUUCCUGCCUUAUGGCGCAUGAUGUCGGCUCUGCGGUCCGUAUUCUUUCGUCUUCCGAUUCCGUCCGUUCGAUAACCCCGGAUGUCCUCAAAAUUCUCAGCGCCAAGCACCCGGCUGGCGAUGUCCCUGCCUUUUGUGCCCGGACCCCUGAGGAGGUCUCGAUCGCCUCUUCAUCUGUCCAACAACUUUUGUUCGCUUUGAAAUCUUUCAGGGGGAACAGUAGUGGUGGUGUUGACGGUCUCCGUCCCAUUCACUUAAUGGACCUCAUCUCCAAUACUGCUGAGGCUGGAAACCGUCUUUCUCAAUCCAUUGCCAAGCUUUGUAACCUAUUUCUCCGUGGGGACAUAUCCGAGCAUGCCAGACUGCUCUUCUUCUCUGCGAACCUGUCUGCUUUGGGGAAGAAAGACGGCGGCAUCAGACCUAUUGCCGUCGGGAACGUUUUUUGUCGCUUGUUUGCAAAGGUCGGAUGCAAGCUUGUAAUUCCUUCUAUUAGCGACGAACUCCAGCCUAUUCAGUUGGGUGUGGGGGUACCUGGUGGGUGCGAGGCCUCGGUCCACGCUGCCCGGUGUUUCAUUGAAUCGGCUCGUCUCUCAGAGCGGCCCCAGUUAUUAUUAAAAUUGGAUGUGAAGAACGCUUUCAAUUCGCUCAAUAGAAAGCAUCUUCUUGAGGUUUGCAAGGCCAGAAUUCCUUCUCUGCUGCCCUUCAUUUUUCUUUCUUAUGGUAACCCGAGCCUCUUGGUUGCUGGCGAUUCUUUCAUUUCGUCUUCCUGUGGCGUACAGCAAGGCGAUCCUUUGGGUCCUUUAUUAUUUGCCCUCUCGGUGGACUUUGUCGCCCGCAGGAUUGCGUCCCCUCUUAAUAUUUGGUAUUUGGACGACUGUACUAUUGGUGGUCCGCCCGACAUUUUGCUAAACGACUUGCAAUCUCUACUCCCGGCGUUGUCAUCUAUUGGUCUUGAAAUCAAUUCUCUAAAAUCUGAAAUCGUUAAUCUUAACGUCGAAGACCUCACCUUCGAAGACCUUUUUGCCCAGUUUCGUGGCCUCUUGCCCGAUCUGAGGCAGACCUCUCAUUCUGAACUUGAAAUCCUGGGUGCCCCGAUCCACCACCAAUCGGUCUCUCGUAUUCUCGAUUCCAAGAGAAAUGCUCUUGCUUCUCUUUGUGAUAAACUUGUGGACAUCGAUCCCCAUCCCGCUUUUUUUAUCCUCAAAAACUUUCUUUUGAUUCGAGGAUCAAUUAUGUCCUAA